UCUCUGACUGUUGGACAAGUGUUUGUCUCUGGGAAUAAUGGAGCUCUCAGCUUUUCCCAGAUUUUUCACCUCAGUGUUUGACAGAUUCUCUGUGCUGGCCUUGUUCUUCAUGGUGUUUGCCCUGGUCUUUGACUUCAUGAAGAGACGCAAGUGUCAGAAUUACCCUCCUGGGCCCCGGGGUUUGCCUUUCUUUGGGAACAUUUUUCAAGUGAACUGGAACAGCCCCCACUUAUCGUUUGCCAAGCUAUGGAAGGAAUAUGGCGAUGUGGUGAGUGUGCAGUUCGGAUGGACCAACACAGUGAUACUAAACGGCUACAAAACCCUAAAAGAGGCGCUGGUGAAGAAAUCUGAAGACUUUGCCGACCGGCCACAGUUUGCAGUGUAUGAGGAAAUCUUUAAGAUGACAGGGGAAGGCAUUGUCUUCGCAAGAUAUGGUCCCUGGUGGAGAGAACAGAGAAGGUUUUCACUUUCGACACUGAGAAACUUUGGGCUUGGGAAGAGAUCUCUGGAGGCAAGAAUCCUGGAGGAAGCUAAAUUUUUAAACAAACAGUUUGAAAAUGCAAAAGGUCUCCCUUUUGACCCACACAUCAGUCUGAACAAUGCAGCCUCAAACAUUAUCUGCUCAAUCGUCUUUGGAGAACGAUUUGACUAUCAAGAUGAAAAAUUCCAUAAAUUCCUUCACUAUCUCUCAGAGGAUUUGGUCUUGGAAGGUGGAUUUUGGGGUCAGCUGCUGAAUUCAUUCCCCUUUAUUCGCAACCUCCCGGGUCCACACCAGAAGAUAUUCAAGAAUCAACGGCUCCUCGUCCAAUUCAUUCAGAACACUGUCACGAGGCAUGAAGAAUCAUGGCCCCCUGAUGAGACCAGGGACUUCAUAGAUGCUUUCUUAGUUGAGCAGGAGAAGAUGAAGCAUGAUCCCAAGACAAGUUUUCUGAAAUCCAAUUUGUUAGGGACAGCUAUAGACCUCUUUGCUGCUGGAACUGAGUCCACCUCCACCACCCUGCGCUGGGCUCUACUCUUCAUGGUUCUCCAUCCAGAUGUGCAAUCUAAAGUGCAGGAGGAGAUUGACAGUGUAAUUGGGAAGGAGAAAAAGCCAGCAUUGGAAGACCGUGAGGAAAUGCCGUACACUAAUGCUGUUAUCCAUGAAAUCCAACGGGCAGGAAACAUUACUCCCAUUUCAGUUCCUCAUCAAACAUACAGAGAUACAGAGGUCAUGGGCUACACAAUCCCUAAGGGAACAAUGAUCAUCCCGAAUCUGUCCUCCGCCUUGUUUGAUGAGAAUGUUUGGUCGACUCCACACCAGUUUAAUCCGGGUCACUUCCUCAACUCAGAGGGGAGCUUUGUGAGACCAGAAGCUUUCAUCCCAUUCUCUGCAGGUCGCCGUGUGUGCCUGGGGGAGCAGCUGGCAAAGACUGAACUCUUCCUGUUCUUCACCUCCAUGCUCCAACAGUUCACAUUCCAUCUCCCAGAAAAUGAGCCAAGACCAAACUACACUGAAUCUAAGUUCGGAAUCACCCUGAGUCCAUGUCCUUAUCGCCUGUGUGUUAAACUCAGAUAAGGUGGGGGGGGGAGCCUCUAGAGCAGUGAGGAGUCACACACCUCCUUCAGUUUCAAACUGAUCCCCUCACUAAUUGUUUUUCUGACCCCCCUAGUAUAAAUUGUACUUAAAUUCCUAGUUACUUGUGUUAUUUAUAUGUGAAACCAAACCACCUUGAUUGAUUGUUUUUGUUUUUCCUUUGAACAAUUCAUUCAUAGAUUCACAAAUUAUAAUGUGACUAAUGUUGACAAUCUAGUUUUAUGAGGAAUUGUGCAAUUUUUCUAUUUGUUUUGGAUUUUGGAGAUCCGUCUUUGCCAACUUUGGAUUUUUGCAGCCCAAUUUCAACCAUGUGUGGAGGUGCCGGUGUUAGCCUAGGCUGAACCAAGUUAAAAAUAAUAC